AUGUCAUCCUUCCAUUCGCCAUCACACCCUCCAUCCAAUGAUCUUGGAUGUCCUCCUCCUCAUCGUCGACAACAACAUCAACAACAUCAACAACAUCACUACCUCCAUUCUCUCAUCCAUCAAACACUCAUUCUCACCUACAAGAAUUUAAAAUACAAAACAAGUAAACCAUUUCAAACUCUCCUCUCAUUGACAUUUCCGAUUCAAUUAAUAUUUGUGUUAUGGAUGAUGGUGAAUUAUAUUUUUGUUCAUCAACAAUAUCAACACAAUCAUGAUACAUCCACACAUCAUGUCACAUCUUUUAAUAAUCAAUCAUUUAUGGUUUACAUGUCAUUACAACAUUCAGAUUUAUUCGAAAAAUCAACCAUUCAAGAAAUUUACAAAACCUUACAACACAGUAGAUCUUUUAGUAAUAUUCAAUACAACAAGGAAAAUAAUCCAAUUCAUUAUUUACAAAAUUCUCAAAAGUAUCUUGUUGAUUUACAUUUCAAAUCAUCACAAGAUUUGAUAUUUAUAAACAAGACAAGUUCCUCCUUUAGAAAUCAAUGGAUCGAUUAUUCUUCACAACUCUACAUUCAACAUUAUGUGAAUAUUGCAAUUUCUAAUGCCAUGAAUAAGAAGGUGAAAAUGAAUGAAAGUUCUAUUCAAAUCUAUGCAAGACAAUUUUCAAGUGAAAGUCCUACGAGUGGUAGUAGUAGUCAUGGUAGUAGUCAAGGUUCGAGUAGUAACACUAGUGGUACCAUGCUCACCCUAAUUCUCUCUCUAUUAUAUCCUAUCUAUUUUAGUUUUAGUAUUUUAAACUUUUUUAAUCCUAAUUUAAUUUCUAUUGUAACUGAAAAACAAUCAAAACUUAAAUCUUACAUGAUUCUUAUGGGAUGUCAUCAUUCAAGUUAUAUUCUUUCGUAUUUUAUUUCAUGUUCUUUAGAAAUCAUCAUUCUCAUGGUCAUGACAUUUAUUUCAUUAUUCAUUUCUAAUUUAUUGAAACAUGUCAAUUUAUUUUUAUUUUGUGGAAUUUUGAUGGUGUAUUUAAUGAGUGGAAUUCCCUUAAUGAUCAUGACAAGUACAUUUUUUAAUGAUCCAAAGAAGGCACUCUUCCUUUCUCAAUUACUUUUUAUGGCAUUGGAAAUUAUUUGGAUUGUGUAUCGAUUUGUAUUACCCAAUGCAAUGAUCAUACCCAUGAUGAUGAAUUCUGGUUCUACGGAUGAUCAAUCCUCUCAAUACUUGUUCAUUCUCUCAACAUGUAUUCAAUAUGUAUUGUAUGUAUUGAGUCCAAUUGCAUUUUGUGAUAUGAUACAUGUCAUUGUGUCCAAGUAUGAGAAUCAACAUGUGUAUUUUUCAUGGUCAAGUCUUUUCGAGAAUGCAUUAUCCACUCGUUUCAACUCUUACAUGAGUGUACCACCUCUCUUUGUCAUGAUACUUGUAUUGAUUGGUGAUAGUAUUUUAUAUUUAUUGAUUGCCAUUGUAUUGGAUAAGAAAAGAGGAGAGUCACAAUCUCAAUCACUGUUAAAAUUUUGGAAACGAAUCAUUCAUGGAUGGUUGAAACGUCUUUCUCAACAUUGGACUGGAAGAUUUAAUCAUAAUUCUCGUAAUUCCAUCACACAUUCACACUCGAAUGAAUUUCCACCACCAACAUCUCAAGAGGUUCAUCCAACUUGGUUGCAUCAUGAUUUUACUACACCUUCUCAGAUUCGAAUUGAACAUGUCAGCAAGACAUUUAACACCAAUGAUCCAAGUACGAAUCAACGUUCUUUUACGCAUUCAUUCAUUUCAUGUUUCACUCCAAAAACGAGACAAGUUGUUGUAUUGAGUGAUUUAACUUUAAAUAUUAAGGAAGGUGAAAUUACAGUAUUUAUUGGAAAGAAUGGUGUUGGUAAAUCAACUCUUGUGUCUCUAUUGAGUGGACAAUUGAAACCAGAGAGUGGUAAUAUUUAUUUUGAUGAUUUGAAUGUGAACGAUCAUAUUGAUGAGAUUCGAUCGAGAAUGGGUGUAUGCCCUCAAGAAGAUUUAAUAUUUCCAAAAUUGAGUGUUGUGGAUCAUUUAAGAAUAUUUGCCAUGAUUAAAAGUAGAAGAAAUCAAUUCUCUAUAUUUGAAGAAGAUCCAUUAGAUCAUCCUAUUACUCCUACUCCUCCUCAGGAUCACAUGAAUGCAACACGAAUGAACUCUUGGAUUCCUGAUACAUUGAAAAGCCUCAAUUCUCAAAUUGAUCAUUUACUUGAAAUGUUAGAAUUCUCAGAAUUCAAGUACAAAGAUGCAAGUACAUUGAGUGGUGGUCAAAAAAGAAAACUCUCAUUUGCCAUUUCCAUUAUUGGUAAUCCUGAUAUUUUAAUUUUGGAUGAAGUCAGUACAGGUGUGGAUAUUCAUAAUCGACAAAUUAUUUGGAAUGUAUUACAACAAUUCAGAAAACAAUCAAGAAAAAUCAUCAUUCUCACAACUCAUCAAAUGGAAGAAGCAGAUGUCUUGGCAGAUGAAAUUCAUAUCAUGAAGAAUGGUAACAUUGAAGUCUCUGGAACAUCACUCUAUUUAAAAAAUCAUUAUGGAAUUGGAUAUUGUAUUGAAAUGACAUUAAGGGAGACUUGUUGUGAUCAUGGAACGAUCGAAAAGAUUCGAACAUUUUUUGAAGAACAUUUUUCAAAUCAAUUCUUCCAAUGGAUUUCGAAAGAUUCUUAUUCACUCAAUCAUCAUCCUAAUGUUACUACGAUUGGUAGUAGUAGUACCAGUGGUGGUAUUGGUAGUAGUCGUGGUGGUAGUCGUAGUAGUAGAAGUCAUGAUCGUGGUAGUAGUAGUAGUCAUAGUGGUCGUAGUGUUGUAACAACAGAUCAUCAAGCAUCAUCAUCAAUGACAUCUCCAUAUUUCACUUCUACUGAACAUUCAUUCCAAAUGACAGAAAUGAAUCGUGAGAAUGAUUUGUCUCAAUGUAAAUGCAUUCUCUCCAAUGAUUUAAUUUCUCAAUUUCCAUCAUUCUUAAAAGAAUUAUCCAUGAAGAAAGAAGAGUUGGGAAUUGCAUCCUUCAUGAUUACUCAGUCCACAUUGGAACAAGUCUUCUUGAAAUUGAAUCCAGAGGAGACCAAUUAA